CGGAUUUCCAUGAAUGAGCCUGAGCUGAUCUACCACUGGCGUCCUUCGUGACCAGGAGGUUUGCAGACCUGGUUGUUCUUUGACUUCCCCGUUGGAGAAAGAAGCUUAUUAACACAGGAGGCACAAAGAGCGCAGGUCUUGUUGUAACGCUAUCAGCAAAUGGCGUUCCUGGACAGGCUUCCGUCACGAGGGAAUUUCACGAAGACUACAUCAGGCAGUGUUGUUCAGGGGCUGUUGCCUGUUUACAUCUGCGAUCAUGACACGUCUCCACCAGAGGAUCAGUUCAUCAGGACAGACCCGACAAAUAUUUUGAUUCGAGCUUUGAAAAAGGGCAAGGAUGAUUCAAAGGCCAAAGAUCUCAAAGGCAAGGCGGCUCAAGAAGACCAUAAGGGGAAAAGGCCUGCAGAUGCCGGAUUGGAUGAUAGACCGACGAAACGAGUGCAUGCGAAUGGUGGCGGUGGUGGGCAUGCACCUGGAACUCAAGGAGCAGCAGGUGCAUCAAGCGGCCGAAAGGAGAACGCAGGUGGAAGCUCGGGUGGUGUUUCAGGCAAGAUGAGUGAAAAGGAGCUGCAAAACCUUACGGUCGAUAAGUUGAAGGCACUUUUGAAGGAAAAGGGACUUCCUCUAAAGGGAAAGAAGGAUGAAUUGAUUGCCAGAGCAAAGAGAGCGAUGUGAGCAUUCUUCAUCCUCAGGCUGUGUUAGAGGCUGAGAAAAAACAUGGUUAUGGAGGGCAGGGGGUGUUGAGGGGCCAAAAUCCUGAACCCUAUAUGCUAUUAGCAGCUGGACAGAAGACCACACAUGCUGGAAAGAAGAGCCAUUACACAAGACUCUCACAUGGACGCUAAAGGCAGCCUGGAUUAAGAAUUGGUGGUUGGCAUUGCUCCGCUGCACAACAUUGUACAUGCAUUUGGUCGCUUUCAGGACCAGGUACAUUCAAAAUGUUGGACUCGUCCGAAUGCACCUGGUCCUGAAAGCGACCGAAUGCAUGUAGAGUGAUGUGUAGUGGAGCAAGGCCCAAUAUUGACAUGAACGGCGCGGUUGUCUGACGAGCCGCAAUGGCAGCCUUGAGCAUUACGUCUACUUCAAAAAAGGGCAACGCCAUUCUCUGUCGCAGCACCAAGGCAGCAUCCACAUUACAAUCUCGGUUUUCGUCUCGGGUUUAAAAGGGGAUGCAAUUUGUCAAUGGCGGAUAUCGACUGACGCUUGCAAGAUUGCUGUCAACGGCCGAGAUCGGCUGGCAUUCGAAAGGUGAGGGGACAGAAGAGGAGGGGCCGUUGCACUGAAGAAAAGAGAGUUGUGCUUCACACAGGAGAAGACACACAGACGAGCAGACUCUUGGGGUGUCAUUCAUUCUUAGCUACUACGCCAUACUUUGCGGACGGGAGUUGCACCGGUGGCUCCUCGGAUUGACGACUGUUGAAAAGAUAGAGGGAUGGGCGAUAGGUGAUUACCGAAGACGUUUGCAACUUGUGCCUACUUCACAAUGGAGGCUGUGCUGUGUGGGAAGCUAGGGGAGAGAGUCGCAACCGGAAUAAGACAAAUGUCUUGCUACGCCGCCAUGCUCUGAGGACGGGAGUUGCAUCGGUGGCUCAGAUUGAUGACUGUUGAAAAGGUAGAGGCAUGGGCAAUAGGCGAUUACUGAAGACGUUUACAAAUCGUGCCUACUUCGCAAUGAAGGCUGUGCUGUGUGGGAAGCUAGGGGAGAGAGUUGCAACCGGAAGAAGAUAAAUGUCUUGCUCUCCUUUGUGCUGGGAGGAAUAUGGAUAUUCAUCGUCGAUUGCUGCUAUUUAUUGGAGCGUCCAACCCAACCCGACAGCUAUGCCCAUGUUUCGCGGUCAGCACUCUGUACAUUUUUUGUGAUGAUUUAGCCAAUCCCUCUCUCUCCUGUUGCACUUCCCUGCGCCCCUGCGGUUUCUCUAGAGAUCAGAGGUGAUUGUCCUGGAGACUGCGAGCCGUUCGACGCCUGCGCCCGAUAAACCUGUCGUGGGUGCUGACACAGGCGUCCUCAAAUCACGGACUUUUCCUUCCCCCGGAGUUGCACUGGUCCACUUCACGUCCAGCCCACAUCGUGGCCUUCAAGCACAGAGCUUUCCACAACAGCCGCUUCCAGAGGGCGCCUCCAACAGUGAGUGACAGUCCGUUCACAUCGUACUUCGACACACCGCACGCUGCACUUCGUGGAGGAAUAUGAUUGCAGCCGACGUAUGGGAAAGGUAGUGGUGGUUUAAAGUUUAAACCACCACUACCUUUCCCUGCUUGAAAUCAAUUAUGCACUGGUUAAUGCGGAACCCAAGCGGGGACUGGGCCGCCGUUGAUAAAUUGAACCAGCGGCCCAUUUUCUGUUUCAGGCGGUUUUUCCUGCCCCCGGCCGAUAUAUAUAUAUGGGAAAGGUACUGCUGGUUUAAGACACACCCCUUCUGUUCCGGGGAGCAGCAGUUCAGUUCACCUCCACCGGCAGGAAAAGCAAAAAGGCUGAUAGAACCAUAGCCACUGCUGCUUCUGACGCCGUGAAACAGAUUUCCUCCUCCACUGAUUACUUAGUCAAACAGCAUUGAUUGCUUCCAAAAGAAAGUAUAACUGCUGGCCCAUGUCAACCCUAAGUAUAGCGCUUCUAUGGAUUCGAUCACAUACUCAGCCGGAGAGACGGCUGCCCUCCACUGCAGCAAUCUCUUUUGCUAUCGUAAUUGUGAAGAACCCACCGCACAGAGAAUAACCUCCGUCCCGCCCUCCUGAGAAGGUGCCGAGGGCUGGUAAGUUGUAACAGAGAUACCAGCCCUCGGCACACAGGUGAUUCAGCGAGACUGUAUUCAUCUGAUCCCGCCCUCCUGAGCAGACCAUCCUAAAAAGCUACGAUCGUCGAAGUUCGUCAGAACGAGAAGAACCAUAACCGUACCAUUCCCAAAAGACCAGGGGGCAAGCAUAGCUUGCAAGCAGAAGCAACGGAACGUCUCCACUUGGUAUGAUAGCGAUUGAACAUUUUUUUGCAAUUGUUGCCAUCGGUAAGAGGUUAUAGGAGGGGGGCGCCAAUCGCUGUCAGGCAGUGGAGGCUUGUCAUUCACCCAUCCGAUUAAGGGAUUGAACAUCACCCUUCCCAACCUUCUCUCACACGCCAUGUCACCCCUAUUCACAACACAGCCUCCCUCCAUGGCAGAUCCUCUCGUCGGUUCGAGCGAGUUGGAGAUAGAUUUGAACAAGUACUGCACAACCAUUGUCUGAACAAAUACGAAACAUAGCA